AGCAAUUCUUCUGCCUCAGCCUCCCGAGUAGCUGGGACUACAGGCAUGCGCCACCACGCCCAGCUACCAGUGGAGAUCUGCUGGGGUGGGCUGCAUGGAAUCUGAAAUGAUGUCUAAGUACUGAAGUGAUCCUCUACACUAGAGACUGAUAUACAGCUGACAUCGACCCCCACGGAAUUGAAAAUCCUCGUAUUACUUUUGACUCCCCUAGACCUUAACUACUAAUAGCCGACUGUUGCCCGGAAGCCUUAUGUAGUUGCCCAGAAGCCUUAUGAAUUACAUAAACUCCCAAUCGAUUAACACAUUUUGUAUUAUAUAUGCAUAACACAUAUAUAUAUGAUUACACAUUUUGUUUGAUAUAUGCAUUAUGUAUAUUUUAGUGUAAGAACUAUACUAAUUCUAAAACAGACUAGAGAAAGGGUAUCAGGAAAAUUAUAAGAGGCUCAUUGACAUUUCACCCAAUAAAAAAAGGAAAAUAAAAUAAUACGGAAGGGAAAAUACAUUUACUAAUCAUUAAGUGGAAGUGUAUCAUCAUAAAGGUCUUCAUCCUUGUGUUCUUCACGCUGGGCAAGAGAAUGAGUCUUGUCUCUGCGGCAAGAGGUGGGGGAGCUAAAGGAGCACACUCGAAGUAACGUUUAUUGGGGGAAAAAAAAAAGCCUACGUGUAAAUGGACCCGCACAGCUGAAACCUGUGUUGUUCAAGUGUCAACCUACUUAAGACCUCAAACACCGAAGCCCCUCAGUCGCCCUGGAGGGCGGCAGACUCAGUUUCCUAGCGCUCCCAGCAGUCUGCACACAAGGUGCCGUCCGCCGUAGCCUUGGGGAGACUACAUUUCCCAGAAAGCUUUGCGUCGAGCGGCAGUACUUUGAUCCAAUGAAAAUCCAAGAUAGGGGCAUUUCCGUGUGGGCGUGCCUCUCAGGGCGGGACUUCUGGCGUCUUCGCAGCGGUCAUUUUGGGUGCCCUCCGGUCCGUUCUAGCCGUUAGCCUCCUUGGUGUGCCUCUUUGGAAUCGAAGUGACGGACCGUGAAGGCGCGAGAGUCGGGUCUGAGAGUCGGGGGCAGAGCCGCCUGCCAGGCCUGCCUGGGGAUAGUGGUGCUCGUGUUCCCCCCCAGUCGCCAGCAGCUCCCGGUCCAGCUCCGCCCACAGACUCGGAUGGCGACCGCACUGAGGAACCCGACUACGGUUCCCAUAGCUACAGAGGUACUUUUCAAGCUUGCACAGGGAAGUGUGACCUUUGAAGAUGUGGCCGUGUACUUCUCCUGGGAGGAAUGGGAUCUCCUUGAUGAGGCUCAGAAACGCCUGUACUUCGAUGUGAUGCUAGAGAACUUUGCACUUACGUCCUCCCUGGGACUUACAUCAUCCUGGUCUCAUGUAGUUGCUCAACUAGGACUAGGGAAAGUGUCCUCUGUUCUUCACAGGAUGUUCAUGACUCCAGCCUCAGCAAGAUGGGAUCAGAGAGGGCCUGGCCUACAUGAAUGGCACUUGGGAAAAGGCUUGUCAUCAGGUUGUUGGCAUGGAGUGGAACAUGAGGAAACACCUGAACAGAGAAUUUCUGUAGAAGGAGUGCCACAGUUCAGGACUUCCAAAGAAGGUUCAUCUUCCCAGAAUGCCUACUCCUGUGAAAUAUGUGGCCUGGUCUUGAGAGAUAUUUUGCACUUGGCUGAACACCAAGGAACAAACUGUGGGCAGAAACUACACACAUAUGGAAAACAAUUCUACAUCAAUGCAAAUCUUCAACAGCACCAGAGGCAGCACAUUAAAGAGGCACCUUUCACAAGUUAUGUGGACACAGCCUCAUUUACAAAGAGCUGCACAGUCCAUGUGUCGGAGAAGCCCUUCACCUGUAGGGAGAUCAGGAAAGACUUCCUGGCCAACAUGAGGUUUCUCCAUCAAGAGGCCACUCAAACAGGGGAGAAGCCAAAUAAUAGUAACAAGUGUGUGGUGGCCUUUUACAGUGGAAAAAGGCAUCGCAACUGGGGAAAAUGCAGUAAAGCCUUUAGCCACACAGACACACUUGUUCAGGACCAGAGAAUCCUCACUAGAGAAGGGCUUUUUGAGUGCAGCAAAUGUGGGAAAGCAUGUACGCGAAGAUGUAACCUCAUUCAGCACCAGAAAGUCCACAGUGAAGAAAGGCCUUAUGAGUGCAAUGAAUGUGGAAAAUUCUUUACCUACUACUCCAGUUUCAUUAUACAUCAGAGAGUUCAUACUGGAGAAAGGCCUUAUGUGUGCCCUGAAUGUGGGAAAUCCUUUAGUCAGAUCUACAGCCUCAAUAGCCAUAGGAAAGUUCACACUGGAGAAAGGCCUUAUGAAUGCAGCGAAUGUGGGAAAUCUUUUAGCCAAAGGUCCAACCUCAUGCAGCAUCGCAGAGUUCACACUGGAGAAAGGCCUUAUGAAUGCAGCGAAUGUGGGAAAUCUUUUAGCCAAAACUUCAGCCUCAUUUACCACCAGAGAGUUCACACUGGAGAAAGACCUCAUGAGUGCAAUGAAUGUGGAAAAUCCUUUAGCCGAAGCUCCAGCCUCAUUCACCACCGGAGACUUCACACUGGAGAAAGACCCUAUGAGUGCAGUAAAUGUGGGAAAUCAUUUAAGCAAAGCUCCAGCUUCAGUUCACACCGGAAAGUCCACACAGGGGAAAGGCCUUAUGUGUGUGGGGAAUGUGGGAAAUCCUUUAGCCAUAGCUCCAACCUUAAGAACCACCAGAGAGUUCACACUGGAGAAAGGCCUGUUGAGUGCAGUGAAUGUAGCAAAUCCUUUAGCUGUAAAUCUAACCUCAUUAAACACCUGAGAGUUCACACUGGAGAAAGGCCUUAUGAGUGCAGUGAAUGUGGGAAAUCCUUUAGCCAAAGUUCUAGCCUCAUUCAACACCGGAGAGUUCACACUGGAAAAAGGCCUUAUCAGUGCAGUGAAUGUGGGAAGUCCUUUGGCUGCAAAUCUGUCCUCAUUCAACAUCAGAGAGUUCACAUUGGAGAAAAGCCUUAACUGUACUGAGAAUAUGCAAUUUCCUUUUAGUGUAAUUAUACUGAAGGAGUACACCUGUGAGAGAGACCAGUCCCUGAACUGGAAGCCCCAUCUAAGGAUAUGCAGUAGGCAGAUUCCCCUUAAGUUCCAGGUAUGUGUUACACUUUCUAACCUGCCAUUUAGAAAGUGUUAGACUUUCUCACCUGCCAUAUAUGGCUCUUGCCAUUUAUGUCACUGACAGUUUCUAAGGCAGAAGCCGUAUCACGUCUACCGCCUGUGAGGUCCACAUAAUGUGCAUCAUUUACCUCCUGAACCUGCUGAAGGAAGCAGACCUCUGUUUCUCCCCAUUUGCUAGAAGAGAUCAUGAAUAGUCUGAGUCGUCCUCUCUGACAAGUUAGGGCAUGAACUUGACCCAGCUUUGUGCCAGAGAACCCAAUAUGAGUGUUGUUGGCAGCUUGCCAAGAAGGACUCUUUUUUUUUUUUUUCAAGACAUGUUGGUUUCAUGUGACACCUCCAUGGAUUUUUUCGAGCCUCUAAGUCACCAACUUUGGAACUGCUUGCCUCACAUUGCUUUGUUUUUUACAAUAAUAAAGGCAUUAUUAUUUAAGCUA